GCCGCCUCACCUGCCGGCGUCCAUCAGCCAGUGCCAGACGUCGUAAUCUUCGCUGUCACUGUUUCGUCACCAUUGCCUUCCUCUACUUCUCCACCGCUGGUCGAACUGUUGCCUUCUUGCCCUUGCUUCUCCAUCACCUACAUCUUUUGUAAUUUACCUAAUCUGCAAUGUGUAAUAUUUAAAAAAUAUUUUUUAAUAUAUUAUAUAGAGAUAUAUUUUAAAUCUUAUAUACUUUUAUUUUUCAUACUUUUUUAUAUUAAUAUUAAUAAAAUUAGAAAAAAUGAUGUACAUAGAACUGGAGGGGAAGGUGCGGUGAGGCCUUAUAUGUUCAAGGGCCGGUUUGGUUUGAAGAAAGAAAGUUAAGGGUUGGGGUUUUCUUCCUAGUCGAAGCCCUUCUCUCCGAUGGCAUGGUGAACCAGAAAUCGCGUCGGAGUUUCGCACAAGGAGUUCGUCCGUUUCGGCUGCUAGUGUUCUCAUGGAAGGCUCCUCAUCAGAAGAGAGUUACUAGAGGGGUUGACAUAUGUGGACUUUUGCACCCAUUGCGGUUGAUUUAUCAGAAUGAUUCCCUUUGAUAUGGGCUCCUUGAGAUAGUUUGCUCUGGAGCUAGUAGCAGCAAGGCAAAUCCAAAUUGUUGCUUGCAAACGAAUAAUGGCUUCUGUUUUGGUCUCUCGUUUUUCACGUAGAUCUAUUAAAUCUUGUCUCCCUUCUUCUGGCCCUUCAGUGUCUCUGUGCCGCUCUAUAUUUGAUCCUUCAGUCCCCAUUCAAUCAUCUGUUUAUCUAAUUCCUUCUCUGAAUCCUUGCCUUUCAAAUCUUCCAUUCAGGCAAUCCCUCCCUCAGAUUUUUCAUUUUGAAUUCUGUAAAAGUAUUAGAUUUCACCCAGAUUUCCAUUCUGUUGCACACAUUUCUACGUCUUCUGGUGUUGGAGGGGAUUCUAAGGAACGCAAGAGUUUAAGUGGUAAUGAAAGUGACGUGAGAUUUCCAGCAGCCAACCUCUCUUGGAUUGAUUUAUACCUUCCGAGGCGGGUUCAGCCCUAUGCUCGACUUGCUCGGCUUGACAAGCCAAUUGGAACAUGGUUGCUUUUAUGGCCUUGUAUGUGGUCAAUUACCUUGGCAGCAACUCCAGGGCAUCUUCCUGAUUUUAAAAUGUUGGCACUGUUUGGAUGUGGUGCAUUGCUUUUAAGGGGUGCUGGUUGUACUAUUAAUGAUCUUCUUGAUCGGGAUAUUGAUACAAAGGUAGAGCGUACAAAGGUCAGACCAGUUGCAAGUGGUCUUUUGACACCAUUUCAAGGACUCUGUUUUCUUGGUUUUCAAUUGCUUUUGGGUCUUGGGAUUCUUCUACAACUAAAUAAUUAUAGUCGUGUCUUGGGAGCUUCAUCUUUGUUGCUUGUCUUCUCCUAUCCUCUCAUGAAGAGGUUUACAUUUUGGCCUCAAGCCUUUCUUGGGUUGACCUUUAACUGGGGGGCUCUAUUGGGAUGGGCUGCAGUUAUGGGAAGCCUGAAUCCAGCUAUUGUGCUUCCACUUUAUGCCUCUGGAUUUUUCUGGACUCUUGUGUAUGAUACAAUAUAUGCUCAUCAGGUUCAAACAGCUUUGCUUCUUGCGAGAUGCCAAGAUCCAUUUUUCUGAUUUUGUGCCUCUCUUUCUUUCUUCUAAAUCUCUUCAUAUUAUUUAGUUCCUAUUUCCUUUAUAGCAAGAGUCAAUGCAAAAUUCUAGUUAUAGGAACAUUGAUUUGGCAAGGUGUGGUUACCUUUGUUAUGCAGUCUUAUAUAUUGUCACUAAACCUUAUAAGCUCAAGCUGUUAGGAAAAGACCCAAUGUUUGUUUUUGUAAAAUUUCCUUACCAAAUCUAACCACAAGACCCAA